CCUGUUAACAGUUCCUGCAAGCUGGGUCAGGGCAGUUAAAAACUCAUACAUUAACACAGGUGCAACAAAAAUAAAAACUAAAUGUUUUUGGCCUAAAAAGGGAUCAGAUGAAGAAUCAAGUGUUACAAGACUAAUAAAAUUAUGUUCAGAUCCAGACGUUGAUAAUUGGGAUUUAUUAGAAGGAGUAUUUAAAGGCUUCUUCAAGAGCCACUGAGAAGGUGAUGCAUACAUCACUGAGAAACUUGGUACAGUCAGUACCAGUUCUACUUCUUUCACUGAUAUUGAACAAGAAAACUUAGACAUUCUCGAAAAAAAGGCUGCUUUAGCAGUGAAAGAAACAUGAGGAACAGAGAUGAGAAAUAUAGUAGGCCCAGCCCGAGAGGAAUGAGUGACAUCAUUGACAUGACCAGCAGAUCCCCUACUCCAAAUAUACCCCGGACUCCCACUUCAAUGUCCCAGACAGGGCAUGACCCCAUACCUAGUACAUCAUCAUACAGCAUACCUGGUCCUGUUACUCCCAGGCUGCCAGCAGUGAAGCUUUAUGACAGAAAACAGGGGUUCCAGUCAGCUCACAAGGAGACCCAAGGAGACAAGAGGGAGGACCAAGGAAUUGGGAAAAUAAAGGAUAUUCAAGAGACAAUGCUACUAUUACUUAAAAAACUUGAGGAGAAUGUUCGAGAACUCAAGGAGGAUGUUGGCUUCAUCAAGAACAGGAUAGACGUGAACCCAAAAUGUGAUGCAAACGCAACUGUGGAAAAUCCCUUUGAGAUACUUCGAUCAUUUGGCUUUAGAGCCGAUUCAUUUGAAGAACUACUUGAGCGAGAAAAGCAGUUCUCAGAGGAACACCAAGAUGGCGAGAAAAACCGUGCUACCUUGCUGAAGGUCCUCAUGGAGUUAGCGCCGAAGCCAAAACAUGGUAGUAAGAUCUCUGCAUUGGAUGUAAUUCGAGUGUCAAUGCAGAGACUUGCUGGUGAUUAGCUUUGGCAAUAUAUUUGUGCCACAGGUAGAUCAGGUACAAAGAUUUCCAUGACCAGCAAGAUGCCUCAAGUCAUGGAUAUUAUUCUUCUAACUGCAUGCAAGACCCUGUCAAUAGAUCCAAAAGAAGCAACAACUGCUCUGUCUAUCUAUUUGAAAAACACCAGCACCAGAGCAUCAGCAAAAAACCACAGACAAAAGUUUGAAGUAGGUGGGAGUGGAAGAGCCCAACCGGCAAUUGGUCAAUUAGAGGGAAGACAGGCUGGUAAUUAUUUUCACUCUGGAGGUGCAGAUCUUGUUGAGAGAAGUAGCAGUGAGGAAUCACAGUCUCUACUAGAACUACAAGAGGUAUCUGAUUACUCGGAUACAGAAUAGUCAGUCAUGUGUUGGGAAUUAUUGUCUUGCUAAUUUUUUUUAAAGUUAAGACAUCUGUACUUAAAAUGUGCGUUUUGUUAUUUCUCUCUCUCUCUCUCUCUCUCUCAAAAAUAUAUAAGGAGGUCCAGUGAAGGUUUUUUUUAAUUGCAAUUGGAAUUUUUUUUUUUUAGGGGGAGCAGCCCUUAGUGAGAUCCCGCUCCCUCAUACGUAUGUGUUUUGCUUGGCCUGUCUUUAAAUGUAAAAUAAGGAAACAAAAAUAUAACUUUGUUUUUUUCCCUUUAUAUCUGAGUAUCUAUUACUGUUGGAAGAAUUAUUUUCAUAAAUGUAUCAUUAUUAAUAAAUUGUAUGUUUAAA